GUGAUCUGUGGUUGACAGGAACGUUAAAUAACGGUCAUUUUAUACAAAAGUCAACAAUACUUGAAUGAAAACAAAAAAAGCAUUUUCGCGCGCGAUCCAUAGGGUUGAGUUGAACUAAUACUGAUAAUAAUCGAUUAAAGAGUGAUUAAAUAAUUUAGACUAAACUUUCAUUAAUUAUCUUAUUAUAGUAAUAUCUCUCAAAUAAUGUUUUCGAAGGCGAAAAGAUUCGAUUUUCAUGCUCCUACUAAAAAUCAACCCAAAGUUCAAAUAAAACGAGACAUAGAGAAACCUGCUGUGAAAGUGACCCCUGUAGCAAAGCCAGCCAAAGCUGUAUCAACUUCGUCUAAAGAUAAUUUGGAUACUCAAUCACAGUGCAGCUCCAUACAUAGUACAAAAUCUUUUAAAACACCUAGACCGAUUAAACCUAUUGCUGCACCCAUCAAAUCUGCAGGCAGCGUUAAAAAGACACUCUUGCCAUCAACAACUACCAAAAAUAAUACCAAAAAAUGUGAUAAUAAAUUCCAAGAUGACCUCAUCAAAGCUCAUGAAGUUGAAGUUAGAAAUAAAGAUUACACUAUAUCUGAAUACAAUAAACAGAUUGAUGAUCUCAAAGAUGAAAUUGCCAAAUUACAUGAAAUGCUUAAACAAACUAAAAAUGGGAAUUCUAUUGAUAUCCAAAAAUUAGGCACAGAAUUUAGACAUCUAAAAUUAGAUGAUGACAAAAAUAACACUGAAGUUAAUCAAUCAUUGGAAAGUAAUAACCAAUCCAAAGAUAUAAUUAAUCAGUUACAAAAUCAGAUAUUGGAGUUGGAGAAGCAAUGCGAGAAGUUAGAAGAAGAAGUCAGCAGCAAACAAGUUGAACUCACAUCUCUUGAAGAAGUCAUAACCAUUAGGGAUAGUUUGUGUUCAGAUUUACAAAAAAAGCUAACAGACAUGGAGUCUUGUCUGGAAGAAACUCGCCAAAGACUUGAAAUGGUUAAAGGACAUCAUGCCCUAGCUUUAGAAGCUAACGAAAGUAUUAGACGUGAAUAUAAAGCUGAAUUAGAAACUUUAAAAUUGAAACUGGAUGAAGAAAAACAAGCUAUUUUGGCUAAAUCAAAGGUUGACCAAGAAAUAUUAAAACAAAAAUAUAACACAUUAAUAGAAACAAUAAAAAAUGAAAUCAUUAAAGAGAAGGAUGAUAAAAUACAAGAACUGCAACAUGACCUGAUUGUUAAGGAGCAAGAAAUGAAAGCUAAAUUGGAUCAAAUAAACGAGGCCUCCAGUGAAAAGCUGAGACUGUGUGAGAUACAGUUCGAAGAGAGAAGCAGACACCUUCAAGAACAUUGCUCAAAGCAACAAAAAGACAUACAGAGCCUUGAGGAUGAAAUCAAGGAAUUGAAGUAUUCGGUGAGCAUGAAUGAAGAAAAGAAUCAAAUAUUACAUAAAGAAAUCAUAAAUAUGCAAAAUGAUAAUGAGACCCUAAAGAUUGAGAGAAGAAAUUUACGCGAAGAGCUAGAAGAUAUAAAAGAGGAAUCUAAAAAGAGGAGUAUCAAUUUCGAAAACGAAAUUAAUAAGCUUACUGUUGAAGUUGAUAAGACCACUAAAGAAAAAAACAAGUUUGAAAUGUCUCUUUCUGUAACCAGAGACAUAGUUCAAGUUUUGACUAUGCGCUUGCGUGAGUCGGAUAGUGAAUUAGAACACUUAGAGAAUCAGGUUGCAGCAUUAAAAAAUUCAAAAGAAUUAUUAGAAUCAGAACUGGCUGGCUACAAAAAUACUUUGAGUAACACAGUUCUGGAAUGUAAUGAAUACAAAGAAGCUCUCGUAAAUAUACUGAAAUCAAAAGCAGCUUUGGCUAAAGAACAUAAUCGAAUUAUUGAACACAAUGUGUCUCUCAUUGAGAGUUUGCAGAACGUGGAGAAGGAGGCUUAUCGUGAGCUGGGAUCCAUAAAAAAUGAACUAAUAGAAGAUGUAGAACUGCUUAAAAAGGAAUCCAGUUCACAAAUUCAAAUGCUGAGAGACGAGGUGGAAAAGAAGCGCGUUCUGUGCGAGCUGGCGAAGGAACACGCGGGACAAGCCUCCGCAGCCGCCGAGCAGUCGCGCGCGCUGCUCGCGCACGCCGCCAAUGAGAUCGCGCGCCUCGAAACCGACAACCGCUCGCUACAGCAACAGAUUCAAGACCAACAGUCGUUGGUAGUUGAGCUGUCUCUCCUGCGUCAAGAGAAUGAAGAGUUGACAAUGGCCCUUGCCAAGCAGACAUCUGUUAUGGAUAAAAUGAAAAAGGAUGUGGAACAAAGCCAAGCGAAACCAAAGUCACCUUCCGUGAUUCGGAAGUCAAUGAAAAUUGGAAAGGAGAACGUCCAAACUGUGAUUUCGCCCUUGCGAGAACGUAAUCAUUAAUUACUUUGUUUAAUGUUAUCAAUAUUAUUUUGAUGAACGAUAUUGCUUUAUUUUUACUUUGUAAGAUUUUGUUGUGACCACGGUUUUUUUUGUAAUCCAAAUACCUAAUGUUUAACAUAUUGAUUUGUUCCUAGUUUCUGAAAAUUGUUUUUCGAUAGUCGUUUAUUUAUUAUUUUGUUAACGUUCCAGUUGAAACAUAGUUUGUACUUACGCUAGAAUCGUCUUGUUUUUUCUUAGGAAUCAUGUUUGACUUGUCUUGAAUAAAUAUUUGAAA